CCCUGUUUUUCCCUCUGCAGCAGCCCGGGAAAGCGUUGAAGCUGGCCAGCACAAUGGGAAAAAAGCAGAACAAGAAAAAGGUGGAAGAGGUGCUGGAGGAGGAGGAGGAGGAGUACGUGGUGGAAAAAGUCCUGGAUCGGCGCGUGGUGAAGGGGAAGGUGGAAUAUCUGCUCAAGUGGAAGGGAUUCUCUGACGAGGACAACACCUGGGAGCCCGAGGAGAACCUGGACUGCCCGGAUCUGAUCGCGGAGUUCCUGCAGUCCCAAAAAACCGCCCACGAGAGCGAGAAAUCCGAGGGCAGCAAGCGCAAGGCCGAGUCGGACACGGAGGACAAGGGGGAGGAGAGCAAGCCAAAGAAAAAGAAGGAGGAGUCGGAGAAACCGCGAGGCUUCGCCCGAGGCUUCGAGCCGGAGCGAAUCAUCGGAGCCACGGACUCCAGCGGGGAGCUGAUGUUCCUGAUGAAGUGGAAGAACUCUGACGAGGCCGACCUGGUGCCCGCCAAGGAAGCCAACAUCAAGUGCCCGCAGGUGGUGAUCUCGUUCUACGAGGAGAGGUUGACAUGGCACUCCUACCCCUCAGAGGACGAUGACAAGAAAGAGGACAAGAACUAAACCCUGCUGGCCCCUGCUCCGGGCAGCCUUGGGGGGUUUUUGGUUUUGGGAAAAGGAUCCGAACUUUUGUGGGGUGUGAGCAAAGGAGGGGUUUGGAGGUGCCCUUGGAGGAG